ACAACUUGAAACAAAAAAAAACUAGAGAAAACAUUUAGGCAGGAGAAUCAAACUCUGCCGAUUGAGUGAGAAAAACACAAGAAAUUUUGACUUCGAGCGGUUUUCCAUUAGCUGAUGGGAAACCGCUCUUUCUUUGGUAUUGUUACUUUGUUUCUCAACCAAAGUCCUUGCAUGUAUCUUCGUUUGACAAGAAGAAAACAAUCCAAAGGAUUCUUUGGUUCGUAAGUUGUUGCUUUGAUCAUUUUAUCAGAAAUUGAUUUCGAUAGGUAUUUUCGCUUUCAUUGUAUUUAGUAAUUAGCAAUCAAAUUCUGAUCUACACUGCAAAAAGUUGGUCAAGAUUUUGUAUAUGCAUUUGGAAGGAUUUUGAUAUUCCAAAUCUUAGAUUAGUUUUCUUUCACACACUCUUUAUCAGAUUCUCUGUUUUAUUUUGAAUCAGAAAUAUGGUGAGAAAUUGUAUGAUAUCUUCUGGUAACCCAUUAUGGGUGAAGGGUAACCCAGUAGGGGCUGGUUCUUUUGGUGUUGUCCAUUUGGCCAUGAACAAGUUCACCGGCGAACUAUUUGCUGUGAAAACUGCUUAUUCAGGGCCAGGGAUACGAUCUCUAGAGAAUGAAGCAGAGAUUCUCGAAAGCCUUGAUUCACCUUACAUUAUUCCAUGCCUAGGGAAGGACUUCACGUAUGAACCAAAUGGUGAACGAAGACUUAAAAUAUUCCUGGAAUACCAGGCUGGAGGAAGUUUAUCUGAUGUUUUAAACAACUUCGGUGGUUGUCUUGAUGAGUCUGUGAUCCGUAGUUACACCAGAGAGAUUCUUUUAGGUCUCGAUUAUCUCCACAAGAACAACAUCGUUCAUGGUGAUAUUAAAUGUAAGAAUCUGCUCUUGGGUACGUCAGGUCACAUAAAAUUGGCAGACUUUGGAUGUUCCAGGAGAAUGAACUCAACAAAGAUGACCGAUGCUGAUUCAAAGUUAUGUUGGCAGUCAAUUGUUGGGACUCCAUUGUGGACAGCACCUGAAGUUUUGAGAAACGAAGGGCUAUGUUUUGCUUCUGAUAUUUGGUCAUUGGGUUGCACCAUUAUUGAGAUGGCUACAGGUAAGGCUCCAUGGUCUGGCAAUAAGAUCUCAAAUCCGAUGAGUGCAGUACUCAGGAUCGCUUCUGGCAAAGAACUACCACAGUUUCCAACAAAAUUUUCUAGGGAAGGAUUAGAUUUCUUGGCUAAAUGCCUGGAGAGGGAUCCUAAAUCAAGGUUAACUACUGGAGAGUUGCUUGAUCAUCCUUUCGUUUCUAGGAGUUUUAGGAAAGAAUGUGCUUUUUCCCCAGAUAGCAUUUUAGAAUUUGGAAUGUAUGAAUCAGACUACGAUUCAGAUGAGGCAGAAAAAGCGUUUCAACAAGAGACUCGAAGCAGGCUUCCAUUCUUAAAAAGACAGCACAGCCGAAGAGAGAGAGCUUCGGAGUGGCCGUACAAGGAGAAUGAUUUUGCUUCAUCAGAUGAUUGGAUUACUGUAAGAUCGGGUUAAUGACUUCUUCAGUUGCAUAGAAGAUUAGGACAACUUAGAUAGGCAGAGAUGAUUUUGAUUGUACAUUGUAAAUUUGGGUAGAACCAUAGUAGUAGGUCUUUUCAUUCGUAAUUCAUUUAUUUUCUUUAAUUUUCGUCUA